GAUAUGCUAAUUUACAAUGUGGUAUAUGCAUUGACCCAAACAUUUUUGAUUAACUUCGGGAUCAGUUUUGAAGCGUCAAUAUGCGGCUCAUAAAGGAGCAAGUUCAGGCUUCAAUGUUUUGCUCAGUAUGGAGGCCUGAAUUUGUUGAAUAGCUGGCACCUAAAGGGUCGCAGCCUUCAGCAACGUUAGCUAGUCGUACUUUUAAAUGAAAAGGCGCCUAAACUGUUGACAGCCUCUUCAUGAUGAGUUACGCAGAAAAGCCUGAGGAUAUCUCAAAAGAUGAGUGGAUGGACAAACUGAACAACGUGCACAUCCAGCGAGCCGAUAUGAACCGACUGAUCAUGAACUACUUGGUUACAGAGGGUUUUAAAGAGGCUGCAGAGAAGUUCCGUAUGGAGUCAGGUAUUGAGCCAAGUGUGGAUCUUGACUCCUUGGAUGAACGAAUAAAGAUCCGUGAGAUGAUUUUAAAAGGUCAGAUCCAGGAAGCAAUCGCUCUCAUCAAUAGCCUUCACCCAGAGCUCCUGGACACCAACCGGUACCUGUAUUUUCAUCUGCAGCAGCAGCACCUCAUCGAGCUGAUCCGGCUGCGGGAGACGGAGGCUGCUCUGGAGUUUGCCCAGACCCAGCUGGCGGAGCAGGGGGAGGAGAGCCGCGAGUGCCUGACAGAGAUGGAGCGCACGCUGGCCCUGCUGGCGUUCGACAACCCAGAGGAGUCGCCCUUUGGUGAUCUGCUCAACAUGAUGCAGCGACAGAAGGUAUGGAGUGAGGUAAACCAGGCGGUACUGGAUUAUGAAAACCGAGAAUCGACACCAAAACUAGCAAAGCUGCUUAAGCUGUUGCUUUGGGCACAGAACGAACUGGAUCAAAAGAAAGUGAGAUACCCCAAAAUGACAGAUCUGAGCAAGGGCACAAUUGAAGAUCCCAAGUAGAAUGAAAGACAAAAUGGACACCUACCCUCAUUUCUCUUUUUAUUUAUGAACAGUCAUGGACUGGACUAUAUAUUAUAUAUUAUAAGACUGUAUGUAUAAAUAUAUACACUUUGUUGAUGCUUUUGAGAGAAUUUACAUAAUCAAAGGUGCAAACUGUAUAUGGUUCUAUUUCAAGACUAAUCAUCACUACAGAAAUAAUACUAAAACAUGUACACAACGUCAGAGGUGUUUUAAUUGGCACUGGGUUAACUUAACAGUAUUAACCACUGUUUUAUGUUUGAGCGUCAUGUUCAUUUUUACAGUUUAAGCCACUGUUUUGCAUCGAGUGCAGGAGGAUCAUUUGUACAUACAGUGUGAGCUCUUAUGCCUAAAUUAGGCUUCUUUGUAAUGGACAGCGAGGUAAAUUUGCCUGUUUUUUUUUUAUUUUUUUUUUUUAAGUUAAGUCCAUUACUUUAAUGUUUGUUUUGUAUUUUUAAAGAAAAAAAACAUGAUUCUUCAACUGUGAACUGGCGGGGUUGAGCUUGCUUGGCUUUUCUUGCUUGUAAGAUACAGCUGAACUGAUGUAUUUCACGUCUGACUUGAAACUCACUCAAUGGAAUUUAGGGUCAGACUUGUCAUCUGGGCGUUUUGUCUCUGUAGUGGUACGACUGGUUUUGUUCACUGUUUUGUCUCAUCUCUUAAUAGGUAUGAUGCUCUUGUGUGGAUUUACUGUGUGUCUGGUGUUUUAAGUUAUCUGGAAGUACUGAAAGGUAAAUGGUCUUACGCAGACGUGUUAAUCCCAAUUUUUCUAUUCAUAAACGUGGUGAUUACAUUUGUCCUUAUUAUCUACGAGCCAGUAAUGCCUUGUAAAUGCUUUUUUUUUUUUCACUUUUAAACCAGCUGCUAUGUCUUUUCUUUGUCAUGUUCGCUGCCAUUGCAUUGUAGGAAUUUGUUCAUGCAUACACAUAAACCACACAAGCAAAGCCCAUAUUUUGAAACGUUUUUGAGAAAUAUUUACAGAUAUAGAGUAAUAAAAAACAUUUAAACAAA